CCACGUCUCCACCGCCGCUGCGACCGGAGCAGGCAGAGGAGCAGCACGCGCCGCCGGGUGGCCGGAACCCACAGCUUCUCCGUUCCCGUUGGCUUCCGGAUCGGCUGAGCACAUGGCGGCGACACCGCAGUCGUGGUCGGACAUCCCGCUGGACCUGGCGUGCCUCGUCCUCGGCCGCCUGUAUGCCCACGCCGACCGCGUCCGCUUCGCCGCAGUGUGCCCACAGUGGCGCUCAGCCGCACGGCAGGUCUGGCUGCCCCCUCCAGCGCCACUGCUCGCGCUCAAGGCCAGCGGCACCUUCUACAACAUGCCCAGGGGCGAGCCGCUCCGCUUCGCUGGCUGCAACAAGCUUCGCCACAGCUUCUGGUAGCUGGCUGGUGUACCGUCGCGUGCGGUGCUUGGUCUUGGUGGACCCUUUCUCCGGUGCCACCAUGACCCUUCCUGAUCCAUCGGACGCUCAUCUCCCUGACAAAGGUCAUGGUUCCGAAGACGAGGGUGAUGAUUCCGAGGACAGUGAUGAUUCUGAGGAGGGUUAUGAUUCCAGCAGCGAGUCAUAUUUGAAAUGGAUUGACACGCAAGACUUCCAAGUGUUGAAGGUAAUCGUGCUCACCAGAUCUCGUCGCUGCACUGUUCUGGAGUAGCCGUAGCAAUCGGGUUGCAGUCUGCCGGCCAGGAGGUUCCACGUGGUCGGUAGCUUGGAACCUGUCUCUGUGGAUUACUGAUAUGGCAUUCUACCGGGGAAAGCUUUUUGCUGUUGAUCAUGAAGAGGACCUCUUAGCUUUGGACAUCAGCGUGGAUGACAAAACCGGCGACCCGCAGGUUUCUCGGAUUGGACAGGCCAUCAAGGUCAAUCACUUUCAUAAUCCUGAUACGUUUCAUAGGAUGCUCUAUCUGGUCGAAUUGCGUGGCAAGUUGCUGCUGGUGCGCAGAAUGAUUUUCCACGAGCAUGCUCAUGGCAGCGGACAGAUGCACACUUUUGAUGGACAGUGUGAACCUGAGCUUGUGGUAUUCAAGGCUGACUUCCGGCGAUCAAGGUGGGCCAAGGUGAUGAACCUCGAGGACGACCAGGCGCUGUUUCUAGGGCCGUGCUCCAGGGCUGUUUGCUUGCCUCAGUAUGACUCGCCGGGCAAUCGCUUUUGGUUCUUGUACAAGGAUUAUUACCCUUCGUGGCAAUGGGACAGCAGCUCGACUUCUGGCACCAGCGACAUGGCAAAUAACGGAAAGUUCUCCUCUCCUCUGCCAACGAUCUCAUGGAAUAGGCAUGGUGGCCCUGCUGAUCAUGUCGGUGCGGUGUGGCUCUUCCCUUCGAACUGAUGCUGUUUGCUGAAUGGUCUGUUGCCUGCUGGCGUCUGCAAGGCUGACCUGCUGUUGGAUGAUUGUAUCAUGCUCAACUUUGUGAACCUGUGAUGAACCUUGUGGUAACCUAUUCUGUUAGCUUAA